CAUAGAGUGUAUACAUAGCUGCGGUGAAAAAAAUAAUAAAAUAUAAUAUUUCCCACACAAAAUGAUAAGCAAAUUAAUUCUGUUAGCCUUGUUGGCGGUAGCGGUAAGGGGUUUGAAUUUACCAGGUGUACCGGUGGAUUUUGAACAAGAUGAUGAGACCCUUUCAGCUAUUUCUCAGGAUAUUGCUAAUAAAUUUUCCGAGGAAUAUGUUAAAUUCCUGGAAACUGGCGUAGAAUCUUCGAUUUUAAAACAGAUCUCCACCCAAUUGGCCAAGUCCCAUACCAAAAAAGACAUGUUUACCAAAAGCAUAGCAGAAUUACAUUCUGCCGAUCAGUUUGUAAUGUGUACCACUUGUCGUUCAGUGGCCAAUGUUAUUGUCGAAACUUUUAGAGCAGAAGAUGGUGAAUUAAAUGGUCCUAAUGCUGAAUCGACUACGAAAAAAAUGGUAUUAGAAUUGUGCAAUCGUUUCCACAUUCAAACUCCUGAGGUUUGUAGUGGUUUAGUCGACUUGAAUUGGCCAAUUUUACAUUAUAUCAUCAUGAACUCUUUGGCUGAUACACGUUCAUUGUGCGGCAUGUUACCCAUCAGAUUCUGUAAAGUUAAACAGAACAACUUUAACUGGAGUGUAAAGGUUGAUAAAGGCAAAGGACUUUUAACUGCACCCAAAUCGGAUGUGCCCCAGAAAACCGAAAACGAUUUGAAUAUUGUUCAAAUUACCGAUAUACACUUUGAUCCCGAUUAUAAGGUAGGAGCUUCAGCGGAAUGUGAAGAACCUUUGUGUUGUCGUUUAAAUCCAUUGGGUGGAGUUUCUGAGUCUGCCAAGGCUGGCUACUGGAGUGAUUAUCGCUAUUGUGAUGCCCCUUUGCAUAUGGUGGAAAAUGCUUUCGAUCAUAUUAAGGAAACACACAAAAAGAUUGAUUAUAUCUAUCAAACUGGUGAUAUAGUGCCGCAUAAUGUUUGGACUACCUCUAAGGAAGGCAACAAAGCUAUGUUGACACAAAUUAAUGAUUUGAUGAUUGAAAAAUUCCCUGAUGUUCAAAUUUUUCCCAGUGUAGGCAAUCAUGAACCCCAUCCCACCAAUAUAUUCGGCAACGAAGAUGUACCUGCCGAGUUAAGUAUGAAUUGGUUGUAUGAACAUUUAUGGAGUAUUUGGCAACGCUGGUUACCCGACGAGGCUAAGGAAACCGUCUUAAAAGGUGGUUAUUACACUGUCUCUCCUAAACCCGGUUUCCGUAUUAUUUCUUUAAACAACAACGAUUGUUAUAUAUAUAAUUGGUGGAUCUACUUAGAUGGUAGCGCCACCAGUCAACCUCAAUUAGAUUGGUUGCAAAAAACUCUAUUGGCUGCCGAAAAGGCUGGAGAAUAUGUUCACAUUUUGGCUCAUAUUCCCUCAGGAGAAUCGGAUUGUUGGACCGUUUGGGCUCGUGAGUACAAUCGUAUUAUUGAGCGUUACAGUCACAUUAUUGGUGGCAUAUUUGGGGGCCACACACACAAGGAUGAAAUGAAUUUGCACUACUCUCAAAAUGGUCAUGCUAUGGCCAUUUAUUGGAAUGGUGGCAGUUUGACUUCGUACUCUUUUAAAAAUCCCAAUUAUAGAACUUAUGACAUAGAACCAGUGACCUAUCAAGUUGUUGAUCAUCAUACUUGGAUCUUUAAUGUCACAGAAGCUAAUGAACUGGGAGCUAAUGGCACUCCUAGAUGGUUUAAGGAAUAUCAAUUUACGGAAUUUACCAACGAUUUAAGUCCUGCCGGUAUUGAUGCUUUAUUUGAAAAAAUGGCUGCUGAACCAGACGUAUUACUACAGUUCUGGAAAUACAAAAUGACUUCUGCUGAUCCUCUAGUGGAUGCAGGCUGUAAUGAACGCUGCUUGUUAAGCACUAUUUGCCAUUUAGUUCGAACUGUGUAUGAUGAACCCGGCAGAUGUAAUGAGUUAAAGGCCAAAUUAAAGGAAUCAUUAAAUUAUUAAGUUUAAACUUACGUUGUGAUAAAAAUGUAGAUAUAGUAAUGUAAACCA